AGAAAGCCAUAUCAGAUAUUUUCCUCAUUCCUUCACUCAAAACACUCUCCCAUGGCUCCUACUCUAUCCACUGCUCUUGAUCUCCAUUUUCCCAUCCCUCAAACCCAUACCAAAAGACGCAUCUUCUUCACCAGACGAAAACGCACCAUUUACUGCAACUCCACAAAACCUCCCCAAAACCCACCUUUUACAAAAACCCCAUCUUUAUCGGAGCAACUCCGGCCACUUUCGACCACAACCCUUCCCGACAAGGACCAAGCUCGUCUCUUGUCGAAGCCAAAGUCCACAUGGGUGAACCCCACCAAGCCUAAAAGAUCCGUUAUUUCACUUCAAAGGCAAACGCGUUCUCCUUAUGCACACAAUCCCAAAGUCGGGGAGCUGAAGCUCUUUGCAAAGAAGCUGAGUGAUUGCAGUGAAGAUGCUUUCCUAACCGUUCUCGACGAAAUCCCACUUGAACCCACUCUAGAAAAUGCACUUCUGAUCCUCAACAGCUUGAAACCAUGGCAAAAGACUCACCUUUUCUUCACCUGGUUAAAGACCAAGAAUUUGUUUCCCAUGGAAACCAUAUUCUACAAUGUCACCAUGAAGUCUUUGAGGUUUGGGAGGCAGUUUGAGCUCAUUGAGGAGCUUGCUAAUGAAAUGGUAAGCAAUGAGAUCCCACUUGAUAACAUUACUUAUUCGACCAUUAUUACUUGUGCCAAAAGAUGCAAUCUCUUUGAUAAGGCUGUAGAAUGGUUUGAGAGAAUGUAUAGAACUGGUUUGAUGCCUGAUGAAGUCACUUAUUCUGCUAUUCUAGAUGUUUAUGCGAAAUUGGGUAAGGUUGAGGAAGUAGUUAGCUUAUAUGAGAGAGGGGUGGCUAGUGGUUGGAGACCUGAUCCCAUAGCUUUCUCUGUUUUGGCAAAGAUGUAUGGUGAAGCUGGAGACUAUGAUGGUAUUAGGUAUGUUUUGGAAGAGAUGAAGUCGCUCGGAGUCAGGCCGAAUUUGGUCGUUUACAAUACUUUGUUGGAGGCUAUGGGGAAGGCGGGGAAGCCUGGUUUAGCAAGAAGUCUUUUCCAGGAAUUGCUUGAUUCUGGUUUAACUCCAAAUGAGAAGACUUUAACUUCCCUUGCCAAGAUAUAUGGAAAGGCAAGGUGGGCGAAAGAUGCGUUGGAGUUAUGGGAGGAAAUGAAGUCGAAAAAAUGGCCGAUGGACUUUAUCUUGUAUAAUACUUUGUUAACUAUGUGUGCAGACAUUGGUUUAGUUGAGGAAGCAGAGCAUCUUUUCAUGGAUAUGAAGCAAUCGCGGCAUUGUAGGCCGGAUAGUUGGAGCUACACAGCAAUGCUGAAGAUAUAUGGAAGUGGCGGGAAUGUCAGUAAGGCGGUGGAGAUUUUUGAAGAGAUGUCUGAGGUUGGUGUUGAGCUAAAUGUAAUGGGAGCCACUUGUUUGAUUCAGUGCUUGGGGAAGGCCGGAAGAAUCGAUGAGUUAGUGAGGGUAUUUUCUGUAUCGGUUCAACAAGGAAUCAAACCAGAUGAUAGGCUCUGUGGAUGCCUGUUGUCCGUCGUGUCACGGUGUGAGAACAAGGCAGACGUUGAUAAAGUUCUUGCUUGUCUGCAGCAAGCGAAUCCUCGGUUAGUUGCAUUUGUGAAUUCGAUUGCAGAUGAGGAGUAUUGUCUUGACAAUGUUAAAGAAGAGUUCAAGGGCAUCAUUAGUGACACUAAAGAUGAUGCCAGAAGACCGUUCUGUAAUUGCUUGAUCGACAUAUGCAGAAAUAAGAAUCUCCAUGAGAGAGCACAUGAUUUGCUUUAUCUUGGAACCCUGUACGGAUUGUACCCAGGUUUACACAAUAAAACUGCAAAUGAAUGGUGUAUGGAUGUCCGAUCGCUCUCCGUCGGUGCUGCACAGACGGCUCUUGAAGAGUGGAUGGGGACUUUGGCCAAAACUGUUAACCGUGAAGAAGCAUUGCCAGAGUUGUUUUCAGCUCAAACAGGUACUGGAACCCAUAAAUUCUCUCAAGGACUGUCAAAUUCAUUUGCUUCUCAUUUGAAGAAACUUGCAGCACCUUUUAGGCAGAGUGAAGAGAAAGCUGGUUGUUUUGUGGCAACAAGGGAGGAUUUAGUGCCAUGGUUACGAUCAAGGAUUCCCUCACCCGCCGUUUCAGUUUCAGUUUAAGAUACUUGCAAAGACAUGAACCAUGGUUGGAAAUGUUUUCGCUAUUGAUUACGAUAAGCAUAAGCUAUGAAACGAGCCAGCUGCAGUAGCUACUUGUG